AUGUGGCACGAAGCGAGAAGAUCGGAGAAGAAAGUGCACGACAUGAUGGACGCCGCUCGGAAAAGAGCUCAGCGACGAGCUAUCUACUUGGCUAAACGCCGUGGAGAUCCAAUUCAAUCGAUCCAAGCCGUUGGAUCCCGCUACCGAAUCUUCCGAGACGAUGGUCUUUACCAAGCCACCGAGGAUCAACAGGGCCUGAUUCCUUGGAAUGGGAAGCAAGAUGUUAUGAUUGAUAGAUUCGACGGUCGUGCGCUUCUGGAUUUUGUGCGUGAGGCUGGUUCGAGAAGCAUACGGCCACAUAAGAAGACGGAGGAGGAGGAGGAAGUGGAAGAGUUUGUUAAUUUUGAGCGUUAUCGGGAUUUAAUUAAGCAUCGCCGGAGAGGAUUUUCUGAUGAGGAGGGUUUGCUUCAUGUCAAUCAAGAGCUCGAGGCCAAACUUGCUGCACCUUUCUUAGAGAUAAGAUCACAAGCAGCUCAACCGCCUGCAAACAAAGGCACAUAUUCAAAAGUUGGGUUUUCGUAUGGUGGAAACGGAAAAGAGGAGUCGGUGGAUGUGGAUGGUGAUGAUGAUGAGGACGAGGAUGAUGAAGAUGAGGAGGAGGAAGAGUUUGACAGUAAUGACAGUGAUGAUGAAGGAAUGGAAACAAUUGCGAAACAGUUUGGGGUGAAGAGAUAUGGGUGGCUUGUUUAUAUGGACAAGAAGGCGAAAGAGGAAGAGAAGAGGCAAAAGGAACUUAUCAAAGGCGAUCCUUCCAUUAAGAAGCUAAGUCGUAAGGAAAGAAGAAAGGUUUCUAGAGUAGAGAGGGAUAGGGAAAGAGAGACUUCAAGAAGUGGUGGAAGGCAAAUGAUUCAUCAUGAUCCCUACAGGGAGUCUCGAAGGAGUCCUACUUAUGAGGCUUAUCCGCGUUCGAGAAGAUCAAGAUCCAGAUCCCGGUCAUAUUCUCCGUCAUACUCGAGGCGGAGUGGUCGUGGAGACCCGUCUGACGAAGUUAGCAUGCCCAAAAUCGAGUAUAUUACAGAAUUUGGAGGCUCAGGAGAUGUGGGAAGUCCAAAACUUGGAGGAUAUUCCCCACCACGUUCACCACCAUCUCACACUGAUUUAUUAACCCGACCAUCGUCGGGCCAUAUUCUUGAGGCGCUGCAUGUUGAUCCUGCAACUGGUAUAUCCCUUGAGAAAGACAAGAUUGCUAAACCAGCUAAACUGGCAGUGAGUACUUCCACAGCACUGGCGAAGCUUUCAAAAGCAGGGACCUCCUCGGGAGGAUCUUCAAAGCAGACACCAGCGGAGAAGAAAGAAACUCCGCAAGAACGGCUGAAGAGAAUUAUGAACAGCCAGCUAACGAAACAGAUUAAGAAGGAUUCUGCAACAGAGACAGCUAAGAAACGAGAACAGGAGCAGCAAAGGCUGAAGAAACUAGCGGAAACAAGCCGGUUAAGUCGGAAUAGACACCGCAGCCGUAGUAGGAGUUAUAGUCGAUCACCACCACCGAGAAGAUACAGAAGAAGCAGAAGUAGAAGCAGAAGCCGGAGCAGAAGCAGGAGAUCACGCAGGCACAGUUCAAGGUCACGGUCUAGGUCCCUAUCACGCUCUCCUAAACGCUCUCGCAGACGCUCUUCCUCGUAUUCAAGGUCUCCCAGGCGAAGAAGCAGGUCAAGGCACUGA